AUGUUCCGGUCCUUAUUUGUCCAAUCAUUCCUCAUAACUUUCACAUUUUCAUCAGGUUGCUGUUUAGAUGUGGUUGAAACAGAGACACCAAUUUUACAUGAAGUUGGUAAGAAACGAAAACUUGAAGAUAGCAUACCAGUAAUUGAAAUACGAGGUGAAGGCCAACCGAUGACCGCAGCGCAAAUAAGACAGCUUGAAGAAAUGUCAAAUGGUGGCCCACUUGAUAUAAAGGUAGAGAAGACAUGGCGACCAGUGGACUGUCCACAUGCUGCGAAACGUAAAGAUUUUAUAACUUUUCACUAUAAGGCGUUCACUGAAGUUAAUAAAAAGUGUGAUCAGACGUAUGGACGUGAACCAAUUCGAAUACAACUUGGCGUAGGUAUGAUAAUGCCUGGAUUAGACAAAGGUAUGCGUGGGAUGUGCGACACUGAAUUGAGGAAAAUUCAAGUCCCAUAUCGACUAAGUCGGAAAAAGAAAAGCAAAAUAUGGAAAAAUAUUCCCAAUGAUGAGCAUUGGCUCACUUUCAACGUUGAAAUGCUCACGGUUGAGCCAUGGUCACUCGAUUUACAAUUCAACUUUUUGGACAUGAACAACGAUACAUUGGUUAAAUUUCAAGAAAACCUGAAGAAAAAUUUUGGCAAAACAUGGAGCAAUGAAAAUAUUGAUUAUGUAAUUGCUGCCAAAUAUUAUAUCAGAUAUUUUGAUAUUGAUGGAAAUGGGCGGAUAGAUUUGAAGGAAUUCCGUCGAGUGAUGGGACGCGAUAUGGCAAUAAUGGCUGCAGUAGCGAGUGAUAAAAAGGUGGAAGGUCGGAAACGGGAUCCGUCCAUUGCUUGGAUUUUAGAUUUUAACAAUGAUGGCAUUGUUUCUGUCACGGAAAUUGAUCAAGCUGAUGAGAUACUUCAAGGCGAACCAGUCGUUCUACCGAUAUUUGCCAGAGAUGAGCUUUAA